CGGUUUUUGGAAGACAUGCCGUUUAUUUUUUGAUUAACAGCACGAGAGUCAGACAUGUCCUAGGAUUAUUUCGGGAUUUUUAAAAUCAACCGGCAUCACAUUUUAACUAUUUGAAAUAUUCUUUCAGGCAGACAAAAGGAUGCAUUUUUGGUCCAACGUCUUUGUCCUGUCUGCAGUAUGGCCCUGCGCGCUGUCCGUGACACGGUACUCCAUAGCAGAGGAGAUGGAACGGGGCUCGAUUGUUGCUAAUCUCGCUGCUGAUUUGGGACUUGAGCUUGGAGGUUUGGCCCAACGUGAGGUAAAACUUGACAUUUUUCACAAUAAAAAAUAUCUAGAUGUCAAUAAAAAGACAGGGGAGCUGUACAUCGUGGAAAAGAUGGACAGGGAGUAUCUUUGUCCGGCGAAAACUACCCCCUGUUUCCUAAAGCUUGAUGUCAUAAUUGAAAGCCCCUUACGUAUCUUCAACAUUGAACUUGGAAUUACGGACAUUAAUGAUAACGCUCCACAUUUCCGAAGAGACAGAGUUGAGCUCGACCUCUCAGAAUCGGCCACACCAGGAGAGAGAUUCUCCCUGCCUAACGGCGUCGAUCCAGAUGUUGGCAUUAAUACAAUCAAAACAUACAGACUCAGUGACAGUGAACAUUUCACCAUCGAAAUUCAGAAAGGCAGUGAUGGGACUCAAUAUGUUGAUUUGGUGUUGACUAAGUCUUUGGACAGAGAGGAGAAGGCUGUUCAUAAUUUAAUACUGACUGCUGUGGACGGUGGGGUUCCCGUGCGCUCUGGCACUGCCAAUAUUAUUGUGAGAGUACAGGAUACGAACGAUAAUCCUCCGCGGUUUGACAAGCAGAAUUACACAGUUAAUAUGGCAGAAAAUUCCCCGAUCGGAACAUUAGUGACGAAGCUUAACGCUACAGAUCUUGAUGAGGGGGUUAAUUCAGAGAUAGUAUACUCAUUCACCCUUUACACGUCGGAAAAAACACAAGACGUAUUUGAAUUGAACCCCAACACGGGGGAAAUAACUGUGAAGGGUACUAUUGACUAUGAAGACAUGACAUUCUAUGAAAUGCACAUUGAGGCAAGAGACAAGGGGACGCAUCCCUUGCUGGGGCGGUGUAAAGUAGUCGUCCACGUGACGGACAUGAAUGAUAAUUAUCCGGAAAUUACGAUACAGUCUGUAAAAAAUACAGUGGAUGAGAACAUCCCAGUUGGAAGUGUCAUUGCUCUUGUGGGAAUAAGUGAUAGAGACACUGGCAAUAAUGGAAACGUCAGCUUAUCUAUGAGUCAGCCGAUGCCAUUUAGUCUUAACAAGUCAUCGGAGAGACUUAUGCAUUAUACACUUAUAGUGUCUGGACCUUUGGAUCGUGAAUCAAUACCUGAAUACGACAUCAAACUGGUUGUGACCGAUGCAGGAACACCACCUUUGUCUGAUAACGAAACAAUAACAGUACAUCUAAUGGAUGUUAAUGACAACGCACCACAAUUCCCACAGUCAUUUUAUACUAUACGCGUAAUGGAGAAUAACGCACCUGGAGCCUUGCUCAGUUCCCUCACUGCGUUUGAUCCUGACCUCCAUGAGAACCAGUAUCUAGUUUAUUUCAUCCUAGAGAAGGAGAUCGCCAACACCUCCAUGUCCAUGCUGUUCUCCAUCAAUCCAGAGAACGGAAAUCUUUACGCACUGAAAACAUUUGACUAUGAGAUCGAGAAUGAGUUUCUUUUCCACAUCGAGGCCAGAGACUCCGGCUCUCCUCCGUUCAGCAGCAACGUGACGGUCCACAUCAUUAUAGUGGACCAGAACGACAACGCUCCGGUUAUUGUCUCUCCGUGGCGCGCGCAGGGCUCAGUGGUGGAGGAAACGAUCCCCAGAUCCACCGACAAAGGAUCUCUGGUUGCCAAGGUGAUAGCUUUAGACACCGACUCGGUGCACAACUCUCGGAUUACUUACCAGUUUCUACAAGUGACUGACGCCACGUUGUUCAGUCUGGAUCAAUACAACGGGGAGAUCCGGACUAUGAGGAUGUUCAGUUACAGAGACCCGCGUCACCAGCGCCUGGUUGUUGUUGCCAAGGACAACGGUGAGCCCGCCCUCUCUGCUACAGUCACCAUCAAGCUGUCCACAUUUGAGACCGCCGUUAAUAAGGCCUACUCUGACAUGACUGAGGUGCCUCUAGAAUACGACAUCUUCUCAGACCUGAACCUGUACUUGGUCAUCGGUCUGGGCUCGGUGUCGUUUCUCCUGCUGAUCACCAUACUGGUCACCAUCGUGCUCAAGUGUCAGACACCCAAACCCAGCAAAGCGGCUCCUCCGUGCAGAAACAGUGUCCUCAGUGAGAGGAACUCCACCAUCGCAGACUCCACUCUGGUCUCCAACGACGCGUACUGGUACAGUAUGUUUCUAGCAGAGACCAGGAAAGGAAAGAUGGUGGUUAGACAGCCUGUGCCAAAGGGCUCCAGAUACAUCGUGUCCAGUUUACCAAGAGGCACCGGACUGACAGACACUAGUGACUCAGCAGCGUCCACCUUGCAGUACCCUAAAUGAGGAAUGUCCGCACUGCAGUUGGAGGUAUGCAGGAGUCUCUCUCCCCCACCCUGGAUGCCCUUUUAUGAAUGAUUUUACACCACUUAGUGAUUUUUUUUUUGUGCGCAGUGGAUCCUUUGCUAAAGUAUUUCGUCUUGUGUAGUAUCUUUUGGAGAGAAUUUGUUUUAAUGCAAAUGUUGAGUCAGUAUAACUAAUAUGAGGCUGUGUAAACUCCUCAUCACUCAAGUCCUCUAAAAUCUGUGUAUGCAAUUCAACUAUCGGUGGAGUAAAUACUACUUUUUUGUUUUCGUGACUAUGAUCCUACUCAAAACCUAAAAAUCUAAAGCUAAUGAUUGUAUUGACCACAGGAGGAAAAAAACAUUAGGUCAUACAAAUCACAAUGAUAACAUGACGAGUCUGACAAAAUAAUAUGAACAUACUGCACAGCCUUAAGGUCAGUGAUCAGUUAUGAAAUGUUUCCAAUUCAAGGCGUUACCUUUUUCCCAAUCUGACUUUUACUGUUAAUGCUCAGUUCACACACACCAAGAGAAAAUAUUGAUAUGUUGUUCAUUAAAUCACAGUUUUUAAGAAGGUCCUGUGCAUGAUUAAAAAGUGUUCAUCCAAUACUAACCUAGUCCAUCAUGUCCAGACUGUGUUGUUGAUGUAUCACUGGGUUAGUUACUGUAAAUGGAUUGAAUGUAAAUUACUUCAGAGAAUGACAAUUUACUGUCUGCUGUAGUGCAAAUUGUGACCUAAUUCUUUGUGCAGGAGAGACGGAAUCCAGUCACCCUGUUACCUAGCAACCGCUCUCCUUCACAUAACAUUGGAGCAUGGUAUUCAUAGACCUGCCACCUCACCACUACAUGAUCAAGGAUCUGCCCAAUCCCUCCACCCCCUCUGUCCUCUGCCUGAAGCCCCUGUCUGUGUGACAGGCUUUGGCUGCAUGAGAUGUGUAAUUUUGUCCAGUCAUAUGGCUGUCAGUGCUGUGGUUUUUUUCCAAUAUUUAUCUAAUUGUUUUGUCUCAUUGGCAGGCAUCCAGCAGCAGCAGCAGUUCCACAUAAGACCCGAUCUGAAGCUGUGUCCUCGUUUGAAUCUGAUAGGAAAGCUUCCCGGAUGACAGAAGAGACCCCUUCUCAUGAAUGGCCCCACAUCCACCCCACUCAGUCUGACCCUUGCUUCUCACAAUGUGCAGUUGUAAUGCCAUAACACCAAAUGGACUACGGUGGCUAAUUAAGGACGGAGCCCUCUCCCUUAUCUUUCUUUAAGCACAUGAAAAGCCAAUCAACAAUCUAUUUUCACCGUUUAAUAUGCACGAUAAGACUGCAUGACUUCAGCGUCACUCCAAGACCAUCGUACAUUGAAAAAGAAAUCUAGAGGAGAUACUUGAAAGGUUUUGAAUUUGCAAAUUGAAGAAGCCUCAACAAGGACUACCAGACUGGACACAGACAUGUUGAAAUGCCUUUAAGAGAUCGAUUUCCUCUUUAUACAUGAAAGACAUUUUGAUUACAUUAUUAACCUCUGUGCUUUAGCUUGGCCCAUAACAGCAUCAAUCUAUAAUAAACAAGUUAAAUAAGUGAAACAGCACAAAAAAAGAGAGCACCGACAUCUACUUCUGUGUGAAACAAAAGGAAAUCUGUAUUUUAUAGAUGUUGUAGCUUUUAGUAGUUUUGUGUUUUGUACUUGACGUUGUGCUUUAUAUGUAAGCUAGGGCUAAACAUGAACGUGAUUCAAACAGACUAAAUUGAGGCCUUCAGCCAUUAUGUAUCUGCCUUUCACUUGUUUGUGCAUGGGAUAAUCAAGUGCUUUGAUAGCUUAAGAUGUUUCAUGGUAUUGAGCAAUUCAAUUUCUGUAGUUAGGCCUCUCUGUUUAAGUCAUUUUCAAAACAAUGAUGAGAACACAAUGAAGAAGUGCAACAGCAUAUUACUUUUCCGUGGAUCAAAGGUGCAGUGUACUCUCAUCCCAAAUUUGCAUAGUGUGCUUGAAUGUUACGUUCACUUUGACAUGACCAGAGAACAAGACUGGUUGAUCUGAACACAAGUGCAUGCUGUGAGUGGAGAGUGUCGUGAGAAUGGACUGAUGUCUACUCAUGACUGCUGGGAAAUAUAUCACAAACAUGACCACGUACUUUCACCUUCUAUAUUUACAAUGCCAAACUCUGAAUGCUGUUUCAUUUCAAUGUCUUCUAAUAUUGUGUGAAAAGAUCAAAACUCAAAUACCAACUUAGUGUUAACUUUAAUAACGAAUACUGCUUUCAACCAAUGCAAGCUGUGCUCAUCUGUAAUAAUGACUACUGUAUGUAUCUGCAAAUUCAACACAAAGAGGAAUACAAAUAAGGCUAAUGUACAGUAUAGAGUAGCAUGCAUUGGUUUCUAUAAAUAUGCCUUUAUUUGUCAAUAACACAAAAACAUUGGAACUCCUGGGCCGUCAGACGUAUGGGCCACGAGAAUGAUCAGACAUCAUGGAGUCAAACUCUUUAGCACAGCUCACAUUGCAUUACUUAUAUAACGUCUUUUACAGUAAUCUUUUACGGUCAAAUGUAUACAUGAAGUGCUGUUGUACAGUGGUACUUUUAUCGUGCAAUCUAUAGUUCGGUGUAUUAAGUGAGCUUAUUGUAUUCUACGUCUGUAUGAUCUAUUAACUACAAAGACAAAUUAAUACAUUAAACUCAAUGAUUGAACUUG